AUGCUUCUUUUUCCUGAUAUAGGAUAUCAAUCGUCGAAUAAUGAUAGUGUAUGGAAACUAGUGAUGCAUGGUUGGCGAUAUGAAGGUAACAAACGAAGAGAUUGGUUUGGAUUUAGUGCAAGUCUAUGGGUAGAACGAAUUGCUAAACAAUACUUGGAUGAAAAAGAUAUGUUAUAUCUUAAUGGGUCAAUUAAUCGUGAUCGACUUAAACCAUUUUUUGUUGAAGAUGAAUCAAAUGAAAAAAUACAAAUUAAGUUGGGCGAAACAAUAUUUUCAUUUGUAACAGACCAACAAGGACAAUUUAAUGAAGAAAUUGAAAUAACAAAUGAUGAAAUACAAAAAUUAAAACGACAACAACAACAAGGUGAUAGUUUUAUAACAUAUGAAGCUAUUGGUGAUAAUAAAGAUAUAACAAAAGGAAUUAUUCAAUUAAUUGAACCACGUAAAGGUAUAUCUGUUAUUAGUGAUGUUGAUGAUACAAUUAAAAUAUCAGAAGUAUUGGAUAAAGUACGAUUACUUGCAAAUACUUUCAUACAUCCAUUCAAACCUGUACCAGGUAAACAUAAUCAAUAUAAUAAUGUCAUUUUUCUUUUUGUCGUUCUCUUAGGCAUGGCUGAAUUAUAUCGAAAAUGGCGUAUAAGCAAUAAUAAUUGUACGUUUCAUUAUUUAUCCGGUAUGCCCGAUCAAUUAUAUACAUUAACCCACGAAUUUAUUUAUGACAAUAAUUUUCCUGAUGGAACAUUUCAUAUGAGACAUUUUGGUUGGGCAGCAACAUCUAUUUUUGGUUUUCUUCAUUCACAAUCGACAUUUAUUCAUAAAAUGACUUACUUACGAUAUUUUCUUUCAAAUACAAUUCGUGAUUAUAUAUUAGUUGGUGACAGUGGAGAAAAAGAUCCAGAAAUUUAUGGAACAAUUGCAAAAGAAUAUCCUGAACGUGUACGAGCUAUUUUUAUUCGAGCAAUUAAAGACGAAAGUUUUGAAGAUCAACGUUUCCUUACUGCUUUCGAAGGAGUAGCACGAGAGAAAUGGCAAAUAUUCAAUGAUCCACAACAAUUACCUAUCGACUUAUCACGACCACCAAAAGCAGCGACCGGUUAG